AUGACAGCGCUUGCAAAGCACGUCACAAUCCUUGACGCAAUGACCCUGGAAGAAAUCCUUGGGCCCUCGGCAAAACGCAUCGAAGCCAUCGAAAACGACGUCUUGGCCCGAAUCUGGGUUAAGCAAGGUGAAGAAAACUUCAAUGAUCUUUGCAUGAUGCAUGGAGGUGUCGAGGAUGUUUUGAGGAUAAACGAGAGUCCUUUUGUAAGCAAGAUGCCGGAGGACAACCUCCAUACCGUCGGGCAUAAUGAGCAAAUUGUUCUUGAUCUUGCGAGGUUCGGGAUGGCUGUGGGAAAGUUUGUGGAUUCGGUAUCUGAGAGGGUUUCCAUGAGCAUGUGGUAG